AUGACGACUGAUCUUCCAGUUCUAAACCCCUGCAUCUCGUUCUGGCGACAGACGACUAGAUCAUAUUCUUACCUCAUCCACAAUGAUGAAGGCCCCAUACCGAAGGCCGCAAAGUAUGUCAUUAUCGGCUCUGGAAUCUCUGGCGCGUUGGCAGCCUUUAAGCUGGUUGAGGGCGGUAUAAUAGGAGCAGAUAUCGUCAUCCUCGAAGCAAGGGAAGCAGCCAGCGGCGCCAGCUCUCGCAACGCAGGGCAUAUUCGACCAGACUGCUUUCGCGGUUUCACAGUCUACAAGUCAUUCCACGGCGAGGAGCAUGCCGCAAAAUCACCGCCAACGAGAGAACCAGAGCUUUCAUCCCCUCACAUCGAGUUCUACCCGUCCGAGGAAGCUCGUCAGAAGACCAGCAUCUCGCAAGCUCUCUGCGCCUACGAGUGGCCGGCAGGUUCUGGCCAUCCCGCCAAACUAGCCCAAUGGCUCCUGGUCGAAUGUCUCUCAUCCCUCAUUACACCUGAGCGCGCCCAGGCUCAUGCUUUCGUCCCUCCUGCAACCAUCACCGGCAGUAAGAUCCUAACGGGUACCAUCUCCCUCCGUCGCGGCUUGCGAUGGUUCUACUCGAUCAACCAACGCCGUUCAGACGGCGUCAUCAUCCUAGGGUCCGCCUCGGCCAGCCCCAAAAUCAGUCAGGCGGCAACGACGUUGUACGUUCCUCGAGGAAGGACACCCGCGGCGGGGUCCUACCGGGAGACGCGCACGGGCCGCGGGCGGUGUGACCGCGCGCACCUGCAUAUUGUAAUAGCUGCGAUGCCCCCAAGCACCAACAUGGCCCCCGAAACACCCCCGGGUAGAGGUAUCUCUUCUCGUCUGUUGACGAUGAAGUUCAUGCAGAGAGCCGCUGCUUCGGAUUCUGCGCCGGAACCUUCACCAGAAGAGCCAUCAUCCAAGCGGCGCAAGUUCCAAAACUCGCCUCUUUCUGGUGACUUUCACUCCUUCGAUCAGACAGCCGUUCAAGCGGCUCUGAAGCAGCAAGAAGCUAAGCGCUUGUCGGCAUUGGAGGCGUCUAGAGCCGAGCUUGCAGACACGCACUGGGUGCUUGAUGGUUCUUGGGGAAAGUCUACCGAGACUGAGAACGCGCCGCCAAACAUUGUUUAUGUAGGAUACGCGGACAUUGAUGUUGCCGACGGGGAGGAGGAAGCCACAGCCACUGCACAGGUCGGGAGGAUGAAGAUUGGGAGCAACAAGAAAAAGGUCAUCAAGAAUGCGAAGGAGACACCCAAGAAGACGAAGAACGAGUCGAGCGAUUCUGAUGGCUCCAGCGAAUCUGCCGACGACUCCAGCGAUGACUCUGCCGACGACGACGACGACGAUGACGAAGCCUCUUCCUCAAGCGACGAAGAAGUUUCGAUGAAGACACCGCCGAAAGCUGUGAAAGGCCUCGCGUCUGGCGGUCAAGGGCGCACAAGGGUCAAUCUCCAAGCGAAGAAAUCAAGCGAGUCUAUGAAAGCCAAAGAAUUCCGAGAGAAGCGGAAGAAGAAGGAAGUGAAGUUGAACCAGCUGGCCUCCAUCUCCGGUGGUGCUACAGGCGGCUUCUCCGGAGCAGGAAAACCAAGUGCGCCCUUCAACUGCCACAACUGCAGUAAACCAGGGCACAAGGCCGCUGAGUGCCCACAGCGACGGGGAGGCGGCAAGCGAAAGUCAUUUGAUAAAUCACGAUAG